UUUUUUUUUUUUUAAUGCCAGACUUCUAGUAGCAAGAAUCUGCCUUCCUUUGAAAAGUUCGCAUCGCUUUAAUCUCCGCCAGAAUUCGACGAUCGAUGUAAAGGUUCUUUGAUUUUUUUUUUCGAAGAUUUUAUUUGUUCUGCGGACCGAAAUGGACUUGAAUGGGAAAGUUGCUCUCGUAACAGGAUCCGCGCAAGGACUUGGGAGAGCUUUCGUCGAAAUCUUACUUAAAAACGGGGCAAAGGUGAGUCUUCUGGAUGUUAAUGUUCCUAAGGGUGAAGAACUUAAAGCUGUUUUUGACCAAACAUAUGGUCCUGAACAGACUAUUUUUAUCCCCUGCGAUGUUACUUCAGAGGUUCAGUUAAAAGAUGCAUUUCACAAAACAAAAGAGAAGUUUGGAAAAUUGGACAUUGUAUGCAAUAAUGCUGGCAUAGCCAAUGAACAAGACUGGGAAAAGACUAUCACUGUUAAUCUGAAUGGAGUCAUCAGAGGAACUUAUUUGGCAAUGGAAAUCAUGAAACAACAAAAAGAGGGUGGUGUUAUUGUCAAUACUGCAUCCGUUGCAGGUUUGGAACCACUUACAUUGAUGCCAGUGUACACAGCUACCAAACAUGGAAUUAUUGGAUUCACUCGGGCCAUGGCAACGGCUUCCACCAUUUGCAAAUCUGGGGUACGGCUUAAUGCCUUGUGUCCUGCAUUUGUACAGACCAAUUUGUUGGACAGUGUAAUAGAUGAUGAUCAACUGGCUGGAGUAGUGAAGACUAUGACCAUCGAUAUCAUGAAAAGAAUUGGUCCACUAAAUGUUUCAGAGGUGGCCGAAGCCUUCCUGCAACUGGUAACAGACGAAAGCAAAAAUGGAGCUAUUAUGAAAAUAGAAAAGCAAGGAGGAGCAAAUUAUGUACAAUUUCAAUUUAAUACUGAGCUUAAAACAGCACCUAAAUAAACUCAAUGUAGCCUUGUUA